AUGGCGGCGGCCGCGGCGCUCCCGGGCGCGGGGGGGCCUCCAGCGGGCGGCGGGGCCGGAGGUGGCGGGGGCGCGGGCGGCGGGUCGCCGCCGGGCGGCUGGGCCGUGGCGCGCCUCGAGGGCCGCGAGUUCGAGUACCUGAUGAAGCAGCGCUCGGUGACCAUCGGGCGCAACUCGUCGCAGGGCUCGGUAGACGUGAGCAUGGGCCACACGAGCUUCAUCUCGCGGCGCCACCUCGAGAUCUUCACGCCCCCGGGCGGCGGCGGCCAUGGCGGGGCGGCCCCGGAGGCGUCGGCGCAGCCCGGGCCCGACGCGGGCGGCGACUUCUACUUGCGCUGCCUCGGCAAGAACGGCGUGUUCGUGGACGGGGUGUUCCAAAGGCGCGGGGCGCCGCCGCUGCAGCUGCCGCGCGUGUGCACGUUCAGGUUUCCGAGCACAAACAUCAAGAUCACGUUCACUGCCCUGUCCAGCGAGAAGAGGGAGAAACAGGAGGCACCCGAGUCCCCGGUGAAGCCUGUGCAGGCUCACAUCUCACCGCUGACCAUCAACAUUCCAGACACCAUGGCCCACCUUAUCAGCCCCCUCCUGUCCCCCACAGGAACCAUCAGUGCUGCGAACUCCUGUCGUUCUAGCCCCCGAGGAGCAGGGUCUUCAGGGUACAAAAUGGGCCGUGUGAUACCAUCUGACCUCAAUUUAAUGGCCGACAACUCACAGCCGGAAAACGAGAAGGAAGCUUCAGGUGGAGACAGCCCAAAGGAUGAUUCAAAGGCACCUUAUUCCUAUGCACAAUUAAUCGUACAAGCGAUUACAAUGGCUCCUGAUAAACAACUCACCCUAAAUGGAAUUUAUACGCACAUCACAAAAAACUAUCCCUACUACAGGACUGCGGACAAGGGCUGGCAGAAUUCAAUUCGCCACAAUCUCUCUCUGAAUCGUUAUUUCAUCAAAGUACCACGUUCCCAGGAAGAACCAGGCAAAGGCUCCUUCUGGAGGAUAGAUCCUGCCUCUGAAAGCAAAUUAAUAGAGCAGGCUUUUAGGAAAAGACGGCCUAGGGGCGUGCCUUGCUUUAGAACCCCUCUGGGACCGCUCUCCUCUAGAAGUGCUCCAGCCUCUCCCAAUCAUGCUGGAGUGCUGUCUGCUCACUCCAGUGGUGCCCAGACCCCUGAGAGCCUGUCCCGGGAAGGUUCGCCAGCCCCUCUGGAGCCCGAGCCUGGUGCCUCACAGCCCAAACUCGCUGUCAUCCAGGAGGCGCGGUUUGCCCAGAGUGCACCAGGCUCACCUCUGUCUAGUCAGCCCGUCUUAAUCGCCGUGCAGCGACCACUGCCACCGACGAUCAAGCCUGUCACCUACACUGUCGCCGCCCCUGUGACCACCUCGACUUCCCAGCAGCCCGUGGUGCAGACGGUUCAUGUCAUCCACCAGAUCCCAGCGGUGUCCGUCACCAGCGUGGCUGGACUGGCCCCAGCAAACACAUACACCGUCGCAGGACAGGCUGUGGUCACUCAGGCAGCCGUGCUGGCCCCCCCCGGGCGGAGCCACGAGAAUGGAGACCACAGAGAAGUAAAAGUGAAAGUAGAACCUAUCCCUGCGAUUAGCCAUGCCACAUUAGGUGCUGCUGGCCGGAUCAUUCAGACGUCACAGACCACCCCUGUCCAGACGGUCACCAUAGUGCAGCAGGCACCUCUAGGUCAGCACCAGCUUCCAAUAAAAACUGUAACACAAAACGGGACUCACGUGGUGCCAAUCCCCGCCGCUGUCCACGGCCAGGUGAACAAUGCAGCAGCGAGCCCCCUGCACAUGCUGGCGACACACGCCUCCGCCUCCGCCUCCCUGCCCACCAAGCGCCAGAACGGUGAGCCCGCGGAGCAGUCGGAGCUGAAGCGGGCCAAGACGGAGGACAGCGAGGGCCUCAUCAUCGCCCUGAGUGUGGACACGCCGCUGGCUGCCACGCGGGAGAAGGGCGUCCAGAACUAG